ACUGAGCUAUCUUCUCUCUAGAUGUUUUUGAAGAUCUUUUCUUUGUCACUGGUGUUCUACAGCUGUGUUACAGUGGAUUUCUCUUUUAUUUAUCCUGAGUGGGAUAUGCUGUUUCCUGAGUCUAAAGAUUUGUGUUUUUCAACUUUUAGAAAAUGAUUGCUUUUAUCUCCUUAAAUAUCAAUUCUCUCUUUCUCCCACUGAGCCUGCAACUGGAUGCAUGUUAAAUCUUCUAUCUUCUUCUUCUUUUUUUUUUUAAUUUACUUUUUUGGCUGUGCUGGGUCUUCAUUGCUGCACAGGCAUCUCUAGUUACAAAGAGCGGGAAUACUCUCUAGUUGCGGUGCACAGGUUUCUCCUUGUUGUGGCUUCUCUUGCUGCGGAGCACGGGCUCUAGAGCACAGGCUCAAUAAUUGUGCACAGGUUUAGUUUCUCCACGGCAUGUGCAGUCUUCCCAGACCAGGGAUUGAACCUGUGUCCCCUGCAUUGACAGGCAGAUUCUUAACCACUGUACCACCAGGGAAGUCCUCUUCUAUUGUCUCAUUCAUUUUGUGUUGAAUCUAUUUAAUCUUCCCUUUAGGGUGUUUAUUUGAACAACAACUUGUUAUUCAGUAGUUUUUAACUUUACAAGUUGUGUCUUCACUCCAAAGGUAUCUGCUAUUUGCCUCUGAUUGUAAGUCCGUCUCCAUAAUUGUAACUUCCACCUCCUACUCUCAGAAUGACUUAACGUCUCAAGGAUUUGAUAAUAUUUGUUUCGAGUCCUUGGCUUCAUCUUAAUCUGUGAGAGCCUUGCCAGCUUAGUUUGGAGCAACUUUCCUUCCGAGCAGACUUGCAUCUACUUUUGCUGAUAGCCAAGUGGUACCCCAACCCAAGAUCUCUUCAGCCCUGCUGAGGGUUUCUGCUCAAAACAGACUUUUAAGCUUAGGUCCCCCCACUCCCUUUUUGCUGUUCCAAGGUAAUAUCCUUACAGUCAGUUUUGCUACCUCACUCCUCCCCUUUGCAUGCCUUUCCAGCUCGGCAUGCUACUGCUGUCCAAUACCCUACCAUUUUGGCACCCCAUGGCACCAUUCCUGGCUCCCCACCUCUGCAGCCAAGGCUUCUCGCCACCCAUCUUGGCCUCAGUUCAUGGCUACUUCUAAGCCAAAAAACAUUUUUUUUAAGCAAUGAUCCCGGAGACAUCUCCUAUCUUUUGCAAGACUGGUGGUGCCUCAGCUUGUGUGUGUGUGUGUGUAUGUGUGUAAACAAAGUUUCUACUGUGGGGAAGUUUCAGGGGAGCUCCUCAGGACUUAGCCAUUCAUGAUAACAGAGCAUUUUCUAACACAUUAAAAAAUCUUAAGUGUUCUACAAGUCACCAAAGGGUGGGACAAUGGGGGACAAAUUAAGAAAUUUCCGAAACAGAGGAGGGAACUACAGAGGCCAUCGAGGUUGGGAUCCAAACUGUUUUCAAGCCAGAGGCCACUUUCUGGCCAGUGGCUCCCACACUGGCCUCUGAUGUUCUGAAAAGUGGUGUCAGUGAAGACUGAGCUGCAUCCUUUCUUUGCAGAGAUGGCAAAGGAAAACAGCCUCAAGAUAGAGUUCAAAUCCCAUCCUCAUCCCAGGAACCUCCACCAACAUGACGGAGCAGAAAGCCCCCGUUCCUGUUCUCUGGAUAUGCUAUUACAGCGAUUGAGGGCCAUAGAUGCCCAGGAUGAUAGAUUAGCCAACAUUAUGGAUGUGGUGGGGGAGUUUGGCACAUUCCAGCGGAGGCUGGUGGCCCUUAACUUCAUUCCCAACUUCUUGGCCUCCUUCUUCAUGUUUGCUGAUACCUUCUUGUUCACACCCCAAAAGCCCUAUUGCAACACCAGCUGGAUACUGGCAGUGGACAGCAGCUUGACAGAGGCUGAGCAGAUGAAUCUGACCCUGCCCCGUGCACCCAAUGGCAGUUUCCUGACUUGCCUCAUGUACGUGCCUGUGGAAUGGGAUCUGCAUUCUAUCAUCCAAUUUGGCCUCAAUCACACAGACUCAUGUCAAAAUGGGUGGAUCUAUCCUGAAAUCAAGAGGCGGUCACUGAUAAAUGAGUUUGACUUGGUGUGUGGCGGGGAGCCAAACAAGGAAAUCGUGCAUACCAUGUUCUUGGCUGGGCUCUUGACGGGGGCUUUCCUCUUCGGGUUCAUAACUGACAAGUUGGGCCGCUACCCCACCAUCCUGCUGUCGCUGCUGGAGCUGAUGAUCUUCGGCUUCGGGACAGCCUUUGUCAGCAGCUUUAACCAGUAUAUAUUCUUCCGCUUUUGUGUGUCACAGGCCGUGGUGGGCUACGCCAUCAGCAGCUCGGCUUUACUCACCGAGUGGCUAAUGGGCAUGUACCGGGCCUACGCCUUCAUCCUGGGACACUGCUUUUUCGCCAUGGGAGUCGUUUUCCUGACAGGACUUGCCUACAGCCUUCCCCACUGGCGGCUGCUGUUUCUGGUGGGGGGAACACCUAUAUUCCCCCUCAUCUGCUAUAUCUGGAUUCUUCCAGAGUCCCCACGGUGGCUGAUAAUGAAAGGGAAGCUGGAGGAGGCCAAGCAAGUGCUGUGCUAUGCAGCUGGUGUGAACAAAAAGACCAUUCCUUUAAGUCUGCUGGAUAAGUUGCAACUGCCUGGAAAGAAGGUGGCUUCAGCCUCUAUCCUGGACUUCUAUAGCAACAAGGACCUCCGCAAGUUGACCUUGGUGAUGUGCAGCAUAUGGUUUGCCGUCGGUUGCAAUUAUUACAUGCUGGGCCUCAAGAUAAAGGAGUUGGGUGUGGACAUCUACCUCACACAACUGAUUCCUGGCAUGAUGGAGGUGCCCGCCCGGCUCUGCUGCAUCUUUCUCAUCGAGCAGUUGAAGAGGAGACGAACACUGAUUGUGACUUUGUUCCAAGGCGCCAUCAUGUGCUUCCUUAGCCUUAUGCUCCCAUCAGAGUUGAAAUCCCUCGUGAUCUUGAUAACCUUGUUUGGAGAGUUCAACCUGGCCGCCUCCAUCACCAUGUUCUACAUCUACACUUCUGAACUCCUCCCCACUGUCCUCAGGGCAACAGGUCUGGGUCUAGUGUCUCUGGUCUGGGCAGCUGGAGGCAUCUCUUCUUUGACACUCGUCAGCCAGAACAUUGCCAUCUUAGCCAUCGUUCUCUGCUGCCUCUCGGCCCUUGUGGCUUUGUUCUACUGCUCCAGUAUGCCAGAAACGCAAGAUCAGCCCCUGCCUGAUACCCUGGAGCACAUUGCCCCACAUACAAGGAGCAUAAGCGAGGAACUCUCGAAUGAGGACAUGUUGAGUGACGAUGUGACGGAGGAAGCGGCCAAGAACACCAUUCUCAACGCCAGGUUGACAAGCAUAGACCACGAUGGCCUCUCCAGCCCGUCUUUGCAAUCUAAAGAAUAGACAGUAGACAAGGAGGAGGACUGAGCACCAGGCCCCGCAUGCCCUCGGGUGGGAGCUGAGUGGCUGGAUAUGGGGCUGUGAAUUCUAGGCCUAUUCUGACUUGGGGGGCAGGGUCAGUCCUGCUCCAAGGCCAGCCCUCCCACCUCUCAGGGAGCUAGUGUGUGAUUCAUUCCAAUAAAGGUACCAUGUUUCACUUGAGAUGACUAGGUCAAAAUUCAC